AUGAUUCUCAUUAGCGGCGAGCAGCAGCGCUCGUCCGACUCGGGAUCGCAGGCAGAGAAAGACGGCGGCGGCGAUGCUGAAUCAGCGCUGGCAGCAGAGAAGGCAGAGGGCGUCUACCCGUCUAGCCCAGUGCUCGCCGUCGUGACAGCGCUGUUUCUUGCCGUGUUUCUGUGCGCGCUGGACAUGUAUGGCUCGGCCUUCUUCAUGACGUCGGCCGCGUUCCCGUCCGCCUACCCCGUCGCUGACUUGCCUGGGAAUGGUUUGGUCCAGGGGGCAAAGGUGUUCAAGUACUUUGCGCUCAAGCCGGGGUUCCUGUCGGCCAUGUUCAUCUUCGAGGUCAGGUCGCUGAUCUGCGCCGUGGCGCCCAACAGCACGGCGCUCAUCGUCGGGCGCGCCUUCGCGGGCGUCGGCGCCGCCGGCCUCGGGUCCGACGCCUACACCAUCGUCGCCUUCUCGGCGCACCCCUCCAAGCGCCCCAUGCUCCUGAGCUUCAUCGGUCCUCUCGUCCUCGCCGCCGGCGCCACUGCCAUCACAGACGUGUCCCUAGCCGAUGUGGUGCCUGGGAUCCUCCAUGCAUAUUAG